AUGGCUCUCGCUACCGAGGGCGCAACAAACUCCGUGGAGGCCGUGGCCUUCAGUUUUCUGACGGACAAAGAGAUACUUCAGAGUAGUCGCUUUAAAGUUACCGAUGCCAUUCUUGUCGAUAAUCUCGGUCGUCCCGUACCUAAUGGGUUAUAUGAUCCUGCUUUUGGUCCUUUUGUCGAUAGGUUUCCUUGUAAAACCUGUGGUCUGCCCAAAGAUCACUGCUCAGGUCAUUUUGAUCAUAUCGAGCUCGUUGCCACUGUGUAUAAUCCUCUGAUGUUCACUAUUCUUAGCAAUAUUUUAAAGAAAACAUGUUUCUCUUGCCAUCAUUUUAAGGCUAAUAGAAACGAGGUGGACAGGUGUUUGUCCAAAUUGAAGUUAAUUAUGGAAGGGAAUAUUAGCAAGGCCAAAAGUUUAGAUGGAAUUCAACUAGAUGGACCUCUAGAUUCAGGCGAUUUUGAUGUUGAUGAUGAAAACCAAUGUAGUAGACCCGAGCAACCGAUAAAAAAUUGGACAUCUAUUCAAUUUUCUGAGGCAAUGUCUGUUCUAAGAACGUUUCUACUUAAGGAUUACAGGAAGUGUCAAAAUUGUGGAAAAGUCAGUCCUAAAAUUACUAAACCAAUCUUUGGAUGGUUUCACGUGAGAGGUAUCUCAGCUUUUCAAGCCAGAGGAGAAGUUAUUACAGGCAGCGAUGCAUCCUCUGAAAGUGAAACAAUUAAUGAUGAUAUAUUUUUAGGAAACGUGGAUAAUGAAAGUCAAAUAUUGUCUACUAAGCUUAUUAAGGAAACUUCACUUUCUGGGUCUUUGCUACCCUCCCAGGUUAGGGGAAUUCUAAAGCUUCUGUGGAAAAAUGAAGCUAAGCUGUGCUCGUAUAUCAGUGACAUUCAAAAUCAAGGUUUUGGAAAGAAAGCCGGUCACUCCAUGUUCUUUUUGGAAAACAUUUUUGUUGCACCAAUCAAAUUCCGCCCCCCAUUGAGAACAGGUGAUAAUGUGGCAGAUCAUCCUCAAACUGUUAUGUUGAAUAAGGUUUUAGAGUCCAACAUAUCCUUGGGACAAGCCCGUCAUAACAAGUUAGAUGCAUCAUUCAUUCUAAGGCGGUGGAUGGAUCUUCAACGAUCUGUUAACCUCUUGUUUGACAACAAAUCUGCUUCCAAAAGCCAAAAAGCUGUGACUACUGGAAUAUGUCAGUUGCUGGAAAAGAAGGAAGGCAUCUUUCGCCAGAAAAUGAUGGGAAAGAGGGUUAAUUUUGCAUGCCGCUCUGUCAUAUCACCAGAUCCUUACUUAGCAGUCAAUGAAAUUGGGAUUCCCCCAUAUUUUGCUCUAAGGUUAACAUAUCCUGAGAGAGUGACUCCUUGGAAUGUAGUCAAGUUAAGGGAAGCUGUCCUAAAUGGUCCUGAAACCCAUCCUGGUGCCACACUCUAUGCUGAUAAAACAUCAACACUCAGGCUUCCACUAGAUAGGAGGUUAUGUUCUUUUACAUCAAGGAAAUUACAAUCAUCGAGAGGGGUUAUUAUGCAUAAUGGGAAGAUACGUGACCAUGAAUUUGAAGGAAAAGUUGUGUAUCGUCACUUGAAGGAUGGCGAUGUAGUGCUUGUCAAUCGACAGCCAACACUUCAUAAGCCUAGUAUAAUGGCACAUGUAGUUCGUGUUCUAAAGGGGGAGAAAACAGUUCGCAUGCAUUAUGCAAACUGCAGUACAUACAAUGCUGAUUUUGACGGUGAUGAGAUUAAUGUUCAUUUUCCACAAGAUGAAAUUUCGCGCGCUGAAGCUUACAAUCUUGUAAAUGCCAACAACCAAUAUGUGAAGCCUACAAGUGGUGAUCCAAUCAGAGCCUUGAUUCAGGAUCAUAUUGUGAGUGCUGCUCUUCUUACCAAGAAAGAUACCUUUUUGAGCUGUGAAGAGUUCAAUCAACUUCUCUACAGUUCUGUUUCCUCCAGCAAUAUUCAAGCCGGAGCCACUGUGGACAGGGAAACAGGUUAUCAGUGCAUUGCUGUUGAGAAGAAUGCAAAAAUCUCAUCUAGUUUUUUUAAGACUCAAAUGAGGGAGGGAAAAAAAGGCACUAAAGAUACCUCAAGAAAAAAGGAUGAGAAUGAGGAUAAAUUGUUGAUAUAUAGAAAUGAUUUGGUGCGUGGUGUAGUUGAUAAGGCUCAAUUUGGUGACUACGGAAUGGUGCAUACAGUGCAAGAGUUUUAUGGCUCAAACACUGCGGGCAUUCUUCUGUCGGCAUUAAGUCGGCUGUUCACCAACUUUUUACAGAUGCACGGGUUCACAUGUGGGGUUGAUGAUCUUCUGAUAACAGAAGGAAAGGAUAGUGAAAGAAUAAAUCAACUUGAAAGCUGCGAGGAAAUUGGUGACAUUGUUCAUCGAGAAUUCAUUGGAGUCAUGGAAAGGGAUAAUAUUGAUCCAAUCACAAUGCAGUUGAAUGUUGAGAAAAAAAUACGCAGUAAUGGAGAAGCGGCCUUAACAUACUUAGAUAGGAAGAUGAUAAGUAAUCUUAACACCAGAACUAGCUCAGGGGUAUUGAAGGAGCUACUAUCUGAAGGAAUAUUAAAACCUUCAGGAAAAAAUUGGAUUUCUCUUAUGACUACAUCUGGAGCUAAGGGAAGUAUGGUCAAUUUCCAGCAGAUAUCUUCUCAUCUUGGCCAGCAAGAGUUGGAAGGAAAACGAGUCCCACGUAUGGUUUCUGGCAAGACCUUACCAUGCUUUCCAUCAUGGGAUUGUUCCCCCAGGGCAGGGGGAUUCAUUAUUGAUCGGUUUCUUACCGCUCUUCGUCCACAGGAAUAUUACUUUCAUUGUAUGGCUGGUCGAGAAGGGUUAGUUGACACUGCAGUCAAAACAUCUAGGAGUGGAUACUUGCAAAGAUGUCUUAUGAAAAACCUUGAGUGUCUAAAAGUUUGCUAUGAUCACACUGUACGUGAUGCUGAUGGAUCAGUUAUUCAGUUUCACUAUGGAGAAGAUGGUGUGGAUGUACAUCAAACUAGCUUUAUCACCAAAGUAGAAGCACUUUCAAUUAAUAAAGAAUUGGUUUACAGCAACUGUUGUCGUCAGCUAGAUAGAUCCAGUCCUUAUAUUAACAAGUUGCCUGAUGCUCUUAAAGGAAAAGCAGAAAACUUCAUUCGUGAUUUCUCUUCAAAACAGAGAAAUUCCAGUUCAUUGAAACAAGAAGAUUUCCUACAGUUGAUGGAGCACAAGUAUGUCUCAAGUCUUGCUCAACCAGGUGAACCAGUUGGUGUGUUAGCUUCUCAGUCUCUGGGAGAACCGGCAACACAGAUGACUUUGAAUACUUUCCAUCUUGCUGGUCGAGGUGAAAUGAAUGUGACGCUUGGAAUUCCUCGUUUGAAUGAAAUUGUGGUGGCAGCCUCGUAUAACAUCAAGACUCCCUUUAUGUCAUGCCCCCUGAGAUCCAAUAAAUCUAUGGAUAAUGCUAUCCGCCUUGCAGACAAAAUGAAAAAGAUAACUGUAGCUGACAUAAUUGAAAGUAUGAAAGUUUCUGUUGUACCCGUUGCCGUAAAAGACGGUCACAUUUGCAGUAUAUAUAAGCUUAUGAUGAAACUGCAUAAACCUAAACACUAUCCAAAAUACACUGAUAUUACGCUCGAAGACUGGGAGGAAAGUCUAAGAGUUGGCUUUGUGAGGGAGUUGGAGGAUGCGAUUCAAAGUCACAUUGUAUUGUGUCAAAAAAUUAAUGGCAUAAGAGAUUUCCAAGGCAAAAGUGGUGUAGAAAAUGAUCAUAGCAAUGAUUCAGAAUCUAACAAAAAUGGUCAAACUGACAAUGACGACGAUGGUAAUGACACAGAGGAAGCUGAUGAUCUUGAUUAUGAUGCUCAAAAGAGUAAACAGCAAGCUAUGGAUGAGGUUGAUUACGAUGAUGGUCCUGAGGAGGAAACAUGUGAGAUGUCAGAGGAUGGAAAAAAUGAUGAGGAUGGCAAAGAUGACGAGGAUGAGAAAGGUGAUGGAGAUGACAGUGAUAUUGAAGUAAAUGGGGAGGACAGUGAUACUGAUUUAAGUGGCAAUGAUAAAAACGUGACACUUGAUGCAAAUAAAUCUCAAGGACUUGAAGAAACUUCGAAAUCUGAAAUGAGUAAAUCUGAACCGUCAAGCAAAAAAUACGACAAGAGAGUUCAUGUGAAAUUUGGAGCGAUGCGUUUUGAGAUCCACUUUAAAUUUACUACUGAACCUCACAUAUUAUUGGCUCAGAUUGCUCAGAGAGCAGCUGAGAAGGUUUGUAUCCAAAACUUUGGUAAGGUUGGUGAAUGUAAAGCUAUUACAUGUAAAGAAAAUGGCGUAAUCUACUAUGGUGAGGUUGAUGGUAAAAGGGAUGAUAUUCUGUCAUCAGUGAAAGAAAAAAUACCAGCGCUUCAAGCAUCUGGUAUACAUUUUAAAACUUUUUGGGAGAUGGAAGAAGACCUUAAUCUUAGGUAUGUUUAUUCAAAUGACGUGCAUGCUAUACUAAGGACCUAUGGGGUGGAAGCAGCCAAAGAAAUCAUCAUCAGGGAAGUGCAAAAUGUUUUCAAAUCAAAGGGGAUAGAAGAUUCUACAUCUCCUUUGGUCAAAAUGUCUUUUGAGACUGCAUCUAACUUCAUUGUUGAAGCAGCUCUUCAUGGGCAGGUGGACACCUUGGAGACUCCUUCUUCUAGAAUUUGUCUUGGUUUGCCCGUAAAGAUGGGAACUGGGUGCCAUGACUUGAUACAGAAGCUUGAAAUAUGA